UCUGUGCACAUGAAGAGGAAGGAAAACGAUGGAAACCCGACAGUCAGUUAUGUGGUGGUCACCAUCAGCGAUUUUGUAUUUCACCUCAGCAAGGAUGUGGUCACUGUGAACGACCUGCCUGUCAAACUUCCACACUACCAGGCCGGAGUACAAGUGGAAAGAAAUGCAGUCUACAUCAAGCUCCAGUCCAAAGUUGGCAUCAUUGUCAUGUGGAACCUUGAUGAUGCAGUCAUGGUGGAAAUUGAUAAUGAUUACACUAACCACACUUGUGGACUUUGUGGAGAUUUUAACGGUGUUCCAGUCUACAAUGAGUUCCUCCUUGAUGGUUGCAAAAUCAGCCCCAUUGAGUUUGGCAACAUACAUAAAGUCCAUCGUCCAAAUGAUGAUUGUGAGGACCCAUAUGAAGAGGAAGAUGUGUCACAGGAAGCUAUGAAUGUGCCAGAGUCAUGCAAAGAGUUUCAAAACACGUGUGAAGAGAUGCUGCAUGCAGAAACCUGGAGCUCCUGCUCCAAACUGAUUGACCCUGAGCCUUACAUUCAGGCCUGUGUGCAGGACAUGUGUGGCUGUACCAACCAUUCGAAUGACUUUUGUGUCUGCAGCACACUCUCUGAGUUCUCUCGACAGUGUUCCCAUGCUGGAGGGGAGCCUCCCAACUGGAGGACUUCUGAGUUCUGUGCCAAACAGUGCCCAUUCAACAUGGUUUAUGAAGAGAGUGGAUCCCCUUGUGUGGAUACCUGCACGCAUCAAGACACAAGCUCAUUCUGUGAGGACCACAAAAUGGACGGCUGCUUCUGUCCUCCUGGAACCAUGUUCGAUGACAUUUCCAUGAGGGGGUGUAUUGCUCAGUCUGAAUGCCAGUGCAAGCAUGGAAAAAUCUAUGAAUCUGGUGAAGUUUACAGACAGGAGCGAGAGGAAUGCUCAUGUUUUGAGGGUAGAUGGGCUUGUGAAAGUCUUUCAACACCUUCUACGUGUGCGGUUGAAGAAGGUUCACAUGUAACCACCUUUGAUGGGAAAGACUUCACCUUCCAUGGAGACUGUUACUACACCCUGGCCAAGGUGAAAAGAAAGGAUGAUUCAAGCCCUAAGUUUACCAUUCUGGUCAAACUGGUACCAUGUGCACACCAAGAGUAUGACACCUGUCUAAAGACUCUCAAAAUCCUGCUGAACAAUGACAGAAACAAUGUGUUAACAUUCACUGCUGAUGGCACAGUAAAGCAGAAUAUGCAGAGUAUCAGUUUGCCGUACUUCUCAGGGGAUAUCAGUAUAUUCCAUGCUUCGUCCUUUCACAUCAUCCUCCAGACCAGUUUUGGUUUGCAAAUUCAGAUCCAACAUGUGCCCCUCAUGCAAGUUUAUGUCAGCCUGGAGCAGAGCUACAGAGAAAAGACACGUGGUUUAUGUGGGAACUACAACAUGGUCCUGUCUGAUGACAUGAACACUCGUCAAGGAAUUGUGGAGGGAAACGCAGCAGCUUUUAGUAACUCCUGGAAGGCUAGCCAUAUAUGCCAAGACAGAGAAGAAAGACUUGAUGACCCUUGUUCUUUCAGCGUGGAAAAUGAAAAGUAUGCCAAUCACUGGUGCGCCUUGCUACGACAGCCAAAUAGUACCUUUGCAGAGUGCCAUUCUGUGGUGGAUCCUGAGAUUUACUACAAGCGAUGUACUUAUGCUAGCUGUAACUGUGAGAAGAGCGAGGACUGCCUGUGUGCUGUUUUCUCCUCCUAUGCCAGAGCUUGUGCAUCAAAGGGAGUGUUCAUGACAGACUGGAGAGAGAAUGUGUGCGACAAAUACACCAAGAACUGCCCAGAAUCUCAGACCUUCUCUUACAAACAUCAGAGAUGCCAGCUGACUUGCAGAUCAUUGAGCUUAAAGCAGCAGAGCUGCACCUCUGAUUUCUUACCUGUGGAUGGCUGUUCCUGCGCUGAGGGUCACUACCUAGAUGACAACGGCAUCUGUGUCCCAGUGGCAAAGUGUCCCUGUUACCAUAAUGAAGUCUAUGUUAAGUCAGGCAAGUCCGUCAGCAUCAACAACGAGCGCUGCGUAUGCACUGAUGGAGUUCUUCAUUGCCAUUCUGGGAGAAACCGCAUGUCAAAAUACUUCAACUGCUCCACUGCAAGCGCAGGAGUUGUUGCAUUGCAAUGUGCUCGAACUUGUUUAAAUCUGGACAAUGAUGAUUGUAACAACUGUGGCAAUAAAACAGUGCAUGACAACUUUGGAGUUAUCACUGAAAAUGUACCUUGUGGCUCUAUGGGCACUACCUGCUCUAAAAAAGUCAGAAUUCAACUGGGGAGAAUGGAAAUCAAACUAUCAAGGGGAAGAUUUGAAGAGGAUGAUCUGGGACAUGGGCCUGUGCUCAAGUACAGAAUACGGAAGGUUGGCUUGUAUGUGGUUGUGGAAUCUGUCAUCGGUGUGGCAGUGAUGUGGGAUCGCAAAACAGCUGUUCGGAUCCUGCUGGAACCAACACACUUUGGAGAGGUGUGUGGCCUGUGUGGAAAUUUUGAUGGUGAUGGACAGAAUGACUACACCACCCAGGGUCAGCUGGUGGUGAGCAAUCUACUCGAAUUUGCAAACAGCUGGAAAGUUUCUAGCUCUUGUCCAGAUGCGGAGGAGAACAUUGAUCCUUGUGCAGUAACCCCCAGUCGACAUAAGUGGGCAAAAAUGAUGUGUAGCAUCAUAAUUGGAGAAACAUUUAAAGAAUGCCACAGAAAGGUUAGCCCCAUUCCAUUUUAUGAAAACUGUGUGAAAGACUCAUGUGCCUGCGACACUGGGGGAGACUGUGAAUGUUUCUGCACAGCGGUUGCAGUUUAUGCUCAGGCUUGCAAUGAGCAUGAUGUUUGCAUUGCAUGGAGAACUCCAGAGAUCUGUCCUGUCUAUUGUGAUUACUACAACGGCCCAACGGAAUGCAUAUGGCACUAUAACCCUUGCCACCGUCCAUGCUACAAGACCUGCUUGAAUCCAGAAGGCGUAUGUUUCAAUCCGAUACCCACCCUGGAAGGCUGUUACCCUGUAUGCCCAAAAGAUGAGCCCAUAUUUGAUGAGGAAAACCAAACAUGUGUGAAUGUAUGUCCAGAGCCAACUACCACCACAUCUCCAACUACUACCACGACUCAAACUACCACCAUAACCCUACCUACAACUACCACUACAACUCCAACUACCACCACAUAUCCAACCACAACUACCAACACGGCUACAACUCAAACUACCACCACGACUCCAACUACCACUACCACCACAUCACCAACUACAACUCCAUUUUACCACCAUAUCUCCAACUACUACCACAUAUCCAACCACAACUACCACCACAUCCCCAACUACUACCACAGCUCCAACUACCACCACAUCCACAAAUCUACAACUACCACCACAUCUACAACUACUACUACAGAGCCAACUACCACCACAUAUCCAACCACAACUACCACCACAUCCCCAACCACAACUACCACUACGACUCCAACUACCACCACAUAUCCAACCACAACUACCACCACAUCCCCAACUACAACUACCACCACAUAUCCAACCACAACUACCACCACGACUCCAACUACUAUCACAGCUCCAACUACCACCACAUCUCCAACGACGACUACCACUGCAACUCCAACUACUUCUACUACCACAUCUACAACUACUACCACAUCUACAACUACCACCACAUCUCCAACUACUACUACAGAGCCAACUACCACCACAUAUCCAACCACAACUACCACCAUAUUUCCAACUACCACCACAUCCCCAACUACUACCACAGCUCCAACUACCACCACAUCCACAAGUACUACUACCACUACGACUCCAACUACCACCACAUAUCCAACUACAGCUACCACCACAUCUCCAACUACAACUACCACCACAUCUCCAACUACUACUACAGAGCCACCUACCACCACAUCCCCAAAUACUGCCAUGACUCCAACUACCACUAGCGCCACAUCUCCAACUACAACUACUACCAUCUACAACUACAACUACCACAUCGACUCCAUCUACAACUACCACCAAAUCCCCAACGACAAUUACCACAACGUUUCCAACUACCACUACCACUCCAACUACCACCACAUAUCCAACUACCACCACAUAUUGAACCACAACUAUCACCACAUCUCCAACUACUACUACAGAGCCAACUACCACCACAUCCCUAACUACAACUACCACUACGACUCCAACUACUUCUACCACCAUAUCUCCAACUACAACUACCACCACAUCUCCAACUCUCCAACUACCACCACAUCCACAACUACGACUACGACUCCAACUACCACCACAUAUCCAACUAUAACUACCACCACAACCACAACUACAGAGCCAACUACCACCACAUCUACAACUACCACUGAGACUCCAAAUACUUCUACCACCACAUCUACAACUGCCACCACAUAUCCAACCACAACUACCACCAUAUCUCCAACUACCACCACAUAUCCAAACACAACUACCACCACAUCUCCAACUACUACUACAGAGCCAACUACCACCACAUCCACAAGUACUACUACCACUACGACUCCAACUACCACCACAUAUCCAACUACAACUACCUCCACAUCUCCAACUACUACUACAGAGCCAACUACCACCACAUCUCCAACCGUAACUAAUACCACAUCUCCAACUACUACUACAGAGCCAACUACCACCACAUCCACAAGUACUACUACCACUACGACUCCAACUACCACCACAUAUCCAACUACAACUACCUCCACAUCUCCAACUACUACUACUAUAGAGCCAACUACCACCACAUCUCAAACUACUAUCACGACUCAAACUACCACCACAUCCCCGACUACUACCACGACUCAAACUACCACCAUAUCCCCACCUACAACUACCACUACGACUCCAACUACUUCUACAACCACAUAUCCAACUACAACUACCUCCACAUCUCCAACUACUACUACUACAGAGCCAACUACUACUACAGAGCCAACUACCACCACAUCUCCAACUACUAUCACGACUCAAACUACCACCAUAUCCCCACCUACAACUACCACUACUACAACUACUUCUACAACCACAUAUCCAACUACUUCUACCACCACAUCUACAACUACAACUACCACCACAUCUCCAACUACUACUACAGAGCCAACUACCACCACAUCUACAACUACUGCUACAACUCCAACUACCACCACAUCUCCAACUCCAACAACCUCCACAUCUCCAACUGCUAUUACAGAGCCAACUACCACCACAUCCCCAACUACUGCUACGACUCAAACUACCACCAUAGCCCCAACUACUACCACGAGUCAAACUACCACCAUAGCCCCAUCUACAACUACCACUAUGACUCCAACUACUUCUACCACCACAUCUCUAACUACUUCUACCACCACAUCUACAACUACUACUACAGAGUCAACUACCACCACAUCCCCAACUACUGCCACGACUCCAACUACCACCACAUCCUCAACUCUAACUACCACUACAACUCCAACUACCACCACAUCUCCAACUACCACGACAACUCCUACCACCACAUCCCCAACUACUGCUACGACUCAAACUACCACCAUAGCCCCAACUACUACCACGACUCAAACUACCACCAUAGCCCCAACUACAACUACCACCACAUCUCCAACUACUACUACAGAGUCAACUACCACCACAUCCCCAUCUCCAACUACCGCCACAUCUCCAACUACUACUACAGAGCCAACUACCACCACAUCUCCAACUACUACUACAGAGCCAACUACCACCACAUCUCCAACUACUACUACAGAGCCAACUACCACCACAUCUCCAACUACUAUCACGACUCCAACUACCACCACAUCCCCAACUACUACCACGACUCAAACUACCACCAUAGCCCCAACUACAACUACCACUACGACUCCAACUACUUCUACCACCACAUCUCUAACUACAACUACCACCACAUCUCCAACUACUACUACAGAGCCAACUACCACCACAUCUCCAACUAUAACUACCACCACAUCUCCAACUGCUAUUACAGAGCCAACUACCACCACAUCUCCAACUACUACUACUACAGAGCCAACUACCACCACAUCUCCAACUACCACUACAACUACAGCUACCACCACAUCCCCAACUACAACUACUUUGCCAACUUCCACCACAUCUUCAACUACAACUACCACCACGACUACAACUACAACUACCACCACAUCUCCAACUACUACAACAGAGCCAACUACCACCACAUAUCCAACCACAACCACCACCACAUCUCCAACUUCUACUACAGAGCCAACUACCACCACAUCCCCAACUACUACCACGGCUGCAACUACCACCAAAUCUCCAACUACAACUACCUCCACAUCUCCAACUACUACUACAGAGCCAACUACCACCACAUCUCCAACUACAACUACCACUACAACUCCAACUACCACCACAUAUCCAACAACAACUACCACCACAUCCCCAACUACAACUACAGAGCCAACUACCACCACAUCUCCAACUACAACUACAGUGCCAACUACAACCCCAACCGUGACUACAACAAAGAAAGUGGACUGCCCUGACUGGGGUGUUUCACAAAAUGAGACCUUCUAUUUUUGCAACUGCACCAUGGCCAGAUGCAUAGAAAAUAACACAAUAGAAAUUAUUCCAUAUGAAUGUCCCCCUCUUCAAAACAUAACUUGCACCAAUGGAAAGGAACCAGUCCUUGUGUAUGAUGAGUACUACUGCUGUCAAUAUUAUACUUGUGACUGUGUAUGUGAAGGGUGGGGAGAUCCGCAUUACAUCACGUUUGAUGGACUUUUCUACAGUUAUCAAGGAAACUGCACUUAUGUUUUGAUGAAAGAGAUUUUACCAAUACAUAACUUGGAGAUUUAUAUUGACAAUGUCUUUUGUGAUCCAACUGAAGAUGUUUCUUGUCCACGAUCAAUAACAGUGGCAUAUGUAUCACAAGUCAUUACACUCAUUAAUCAUAAUCUUAUUGGAACUGCACAACUGGAGGCACUGAAAAAUGGAAAAAGUUUAAACCUACCUUAUUCUCAACAAGGUGUUAAGAUUGUGAAUUCAGGCCUUAACCUGAUUUUAGAGAUUCCUCGACUAAAAGUAGUUAUUACAUUUGGAAUAACUGGCUUCAGCAUAACCCUUCCAUUUCAGUACUUUGGCAAAAACACACAGGGCCAUUGUGGAACAUGCAACAAUAACCAGGCUGAUGAUUGCAUGUUACCUGGAGGUAAGCUGGUGGAAAGCUGUGCAGUGAUGGCUGACUAUUGGCCUGUUGAAGACCCUUACAAACCCAACUGCUCAACACCACCAGCGCUACCUACCAGUGCACCUGAACCACCACCUACCUUAGCUCCAUGCAAACCAGACUCCAUGUGUGACCUGCUUAAAAGCAGUGUCUUUGCAGAGUGCCAUCCGUUUGUCUCUCCAGAAAAUUUCUACAGAGGUUGUGUAUUUGAUAGCUGUCAUGUUUCCAACCCAACAGUGGAAUGCACAAGUUUACAGACUUAUGGUGCAGCCUGUGCUCAGGCUGGAGUUUGCAUUUACUGGAGGAACCACACCAAACUGUGUGCUGGCGAAUGUCCAUCAGGCAAAGUUUACAAGCCUUGUGGUCCUGUAGAACAGCCAACCUGUGAAGACAAUCCCAGUGAACCAACUAUGAACUACACUACAGAGGGCUGCUUUUGUCCUGAUGGAAUGAAACUUUUUAACCAGGAGUCUGGAAUAUGUGUUGAAAAAUGUGGAUGUCUUGAUCCUGAGGGCAUUCCUCGUGAGUUCAAUGAAAGAUUUGAGUACAAAUGCCAGGACUGCAUCUGUGAAGAAUCCACCAAGACUGUUACUUGCAAGCCUAAGGUGUGCCCACCAUCAGCCACUACAGACUGCUCUGCUCCUGGGUUUGUCCUUGUCAACCAGACCAGUCUGUCAGACCCCUGCUGUUCUAUUUAUGUUUGCCAAUGUCAAGCUAACACCUGCCCAGUCACCAAUAUGAACUGUCCAAUUGGAUAUAAGCCAGUUGUCAGUGUCCCUGUGGGAAAAUGCUGUCCAGAACAUACAUGUGAACCUAAAAGAGUUUGUGUUCACAGAGAAACUGAAUACCAGCCUGGUUCUUCAGUUCCUGUGAUUGCAUGUCAGGAUUGUACCUGUGCCAAUGAGAUUGACCCAAAAUCUGGUCUAUUCAAAAUAAUUUGUGUGUUUCAACAAUGUAAAGAAAGCUGCGAACUGGGAUAUGAAUAUGUGGAAACUGAUUCAGAUGAAUGCUGCGGGAAGUGUGUACAGACACACUGUGUUGUCAACAUUAAUGGAACCAAACAACUUUUGACUCAAGGAGAAACCUGGUCACCACCGGGGAAUAAGUGUGAACAUUAUACCUGUGUCAAGACUGGUGAGACUUUAACAGCAAGCCGUUCACAGACUGUCUGCCCACCCUUCCAAGAGAGCAACUGCCAACCUGAAACAAUUCAAACUGCAGCAAACGGCUGUUGCAAAAUUUGCGUGGAGAAGGAGAAGGGAUGCAAGUUAAUGUCUAUGAAAACCCAUAUUACAGUCAACGGUUGUCAGUCUUCCCAGGAGGUAGAUAUGCCAUAUUGUGAAGGAUCCUGCAAUACUUACACCAUGUACUCUGAAGCAGCAGCAACAAUGGAGCAUUCCUGCUCAUGCUGUAAGGAGAUAAACUUCAGCAAUCGCACUGCUGACCUGGUCUGCUUGAAUGGAGACACGGUCCCCUACACAUACAUGUAUGUGGAGCAGUGUGGUUGUACCAAGACAGACUGCACCAGCGCUGGACAUCAUGUUCGCAGGAAGAGAAGCUUCACACUGCUGUGAUGAAACAGUCCAUCUCUUUACAGAUGUGACAUA